UGCCCGCUCCGCGGGGGAGCCGGUCCCGGUGCGGCGGCGCGCGGUGCGGGUUCCACGCGCCCCCCUCGGCGGGGCCCCGAAAGCCCACUGAGGCAGGCCUCCCGCGGCUGUCUUCGCAGGUCCCCCUGGCCCAGUCCGAGGCUUUCCUGACCGACCUCUUGGAGAAAGUGUGUGAGCGAAUGAAUCACUACCAGCUUGAAGAAGACCCGGUGACCCGGGAGAAGACGUUCAAGAGAUUCGCCCCGAGGAAAGGAGACAAAACAUACAAAGAGUUUAAGAAAUUCUAUUUUCACUCUGAUGCUUACAGACCUUUGAGAUUCGCGUGCGAAACUAUAAUAGAGAAGUAUGAAGAGGAGAUACUCUUUCUUAUCGCCCAGGAGGCACACCACCUCGCUGACAAGCUGUGCAGUGAAAAAUCAGAUCUGUGUGAGUCCUCUGCUAGUCACGAUGAGCUCUAGGAACAUCAGUGCUGCGAGGCAGGAGUGAAGUCACAGCCCCAAAGGUCAAUGUCUGCAUUUACGUCUUCCUGAGGAGAAAGUGUAUGUCUCUCGUCUAUACCACGUUGUCUCAUAUCUGAUACUUUAUUGAAAAUCUGUUGUUUGGCAUCAUGACAAACUCCAAUUCUUUCUGUAGGUGAAGCUGAGGUGUGCAUAAAAUAAAUUACUUUGUGGAUUUUGAUACAAACAGGCUUACAGCAAAGCAUUUAAUUCAGUAAUAAAAAAAGUGAAGACAUUUCAUAAAUGAAACGGAUUUAAAAUGUAUACUGUAUAUUUUAUGCACAUUUACAAGUAUAGAGUUCUAUUCGGUAAGAACUUGGUUUGAUUUCCUAAAUACUUGGUUGGCUUUGAAAUUAAGGAAAUAUAUUGCCACAGAUUCCAGAUUGCCUUCUGGGUUAUGGUAUGUAUGGCUGUUGGUGAAAGGAACAAGCUCGCUUUAUGUCAUGAAUGACACUUAAAUUUCUAGAAACCUUAAGUUGAAAAACUUUUGAAUCUCUAUAAUUUAAUUGAAUGCAUAACAAAUAAUGGAUGCUUUUAUAGUGAACAAUAUAUUUUCCUUUCUCACACAUAUAUUCUGAACUCAAAUGAUUGAGAAAGUUGGUUUAUUAUCACAUCACAUCAUCAUGUAUUUUUAAAAGAUGACACCAGUGACCAGAUUUGGUUCUACUGCAAACACUGCUGUUGUGUUCUUGUUUUUCUAGAAGACUUCCAGCCAACACUGAGUGUAUGGGUUUUACUACUAACUAACCUAUAUUGUUCCUUCUGUAUGGGUGUUUCGUAGGUGUGGCGAUGGCAAGGGACCUGGGGGUCAUGUGAGAAAUUACCUUUUGACCACACUUAAUACCAGAAUGCAGGAACAGUCUCACUCUUGGAUAUUUACAUUCAAUGGAAUCUACCUUUAGUUAUUUCAAAUGUCAGGGCCUAUUCUACACUUGUUUUAAAAAAGAAAUCCUCAUUGUUGUUCAUGAGAAUAUACUGGGUAGGAGCAUAUAAAUUCUGCUCCCA